GUAUGCCUGGCCGAGUGUACCCUAGAAAACACGACUAGGAAGCAUUUUGUGAUAUCGCUUGACACAUUAGCAAAUUUGAUAAUCAUAAGCCUAGUGUUAAGCCAACCGUGUAGGUCUUCCUAGGGAAGGAUCAGCAGGAUGAGUGUAAUACAAAAGAUCAAGGAAAUUGAGGAUGAGAUGGCUAGGACGCAAAAGAACAAGGCCACUAUGGGUCACUUGGGCGUGCUAAAGGCCAAGCUGGCCAAGCUGCGCCGCGACCUUCUGGAGCCUAGCUCGGGGGCCAAAGGGGGCCCAGGGGGGGAAGGGUUCGAUGUAACCAAGGUCGGCGACGCACGAGUGGGCUUCGUGGGCUUCCCCUCGGUAGGCAAGUCCACACUGCUCACCAAGCUGACGGGGACGUUCUCCGAGGCCGCUUCAUACGAGUUCACCACGCUCACGUGUAUCCCGGGUAUCGUGCGCUACCGUGGUGCUAAGAUCCAGAUGCUGGACCUGCCGGGGAUCAUCGAGGGAGCUAAAGACGGCAAGGGGCGCGGCCGCCAGGUCAUCUCCACUGCUCGCACCUGCAACCUGAUUCUUAUCGUACUGGACUGCCUCAAGCCGCUCACGCAUAAGCGACUCAUUGAGCAUGAGCUGGAGGGCUUCGGAAUCCGCCUCAACAAGAAGCCACCAAACAUCACGUUCCGCAAGAAGGACCGCGGUGGAAUCAAUUUCACCACCACUGUGCAGACCCCUCGACUAGACCUGGAUGCAGUCAAAGCGGUGUGCGCCGAGUACCGUAUCCACAACGCGGACAUCCACAUGGUUGACGACCACGACAUCGACGACCUGGUGGACGUCAUCGAGGGCAGCCGCGUCUACAUCCCCGCAAUAUACGUCAUUAACAAGAUAGACCAGAUCACCAUCGAGGAGCUCGAGGUCAUGGACAAGCUGCCCCACUACUGCCCCAUCUGCGCCUUCCACGAGUGGAACCUGGACGGGCUGGUGGAGAUGGUUUGGGACUACCUGGACCUGGUGCGCGUCUACACAAAGCCAAAGGGCAAGCUGCCCGACUUCAACGAGCCGGUUGUGCUGCACCGGCAGCGCUGCACGGUGGAGGACUUUUGCAACCGCAUCCACAAGACGCUGUCCAAGCAGUUUAAGUACGCGCUGGUGUGGGGCGCCUCCGUGAAGCACCGGCCGCAGCGGGUGGGGCGGGACCACGUGCUGCAGGACGAGGACAUCGUGCAAAUUGUCAAGAAGAUCUAGAGGGCAGGGUGCGGAGGUGUAACUAGGGAGAGGCAGCGCGUAUGUCAAGGGGUAGAAACAAGUGGAAAGGGGCCUACUGGACAAGUGGAAGCACGGGAGGCCUGUAAGGAGGGGGUCAGCUUUGGCUGUUGCUAGAAGGGUAGGUGGCGGGUAGUUGGACGGCUCCAUCGCUGUGGUUAGGACUUCCCAUUUUUGUCGGCUUGAUUGCCAUCUGCACAGCAAAAUGCAAUCGGUGACGUUCAACUUAGCCCUGCCGCUGGGUCGACCCACAGGGUCGGCUCACCACUCUACCCGCCACGCAGGGCAUUCAUUUUGCAACCUCCUGGCGUUCAAGUGACAUGCUGUAACACGUAUGACGGUAUGAGGCAGCUCCUGGCAAGCGGGCAUGGCAAGGGGUUGCAACGUUGCAUGUUGAGCCGGAGAUGCCUUGGGGUGUUCGUGUCCUGGGAGGCAGAGUCAAUCCAGUCACUUAGCAGAGAUAUCCCAGCCGCGCACGGCAUUCAUUGUGCAACCUCCUGCCGCUCAAUGCACAUGCUGUAACAUGUAUGGG